AUGGCGCGUGUGGUGUGGUUGGCUGUGGCGCUCUACCUCCUCGCCGGGGGAGUGACAGGGGCGGCAUCGGGAAGUUUCGUGCACGAGGAAGGCAUAUCAGACCUCACGAAGACCUUGGGCAGUACCGGAAGACUAGGGCAGCCACAAGGAACAGCCGGGCAUCACUUCCUCACCACACGCAGCCUCAAUUUCUCUCCUCCUCUGGACAUCGGGAACUCAGUGAUCGAGAUUCAAGAGCCGGGAAAGAGGAGAUCACAGAGGCAUAAGAGGACCCCCAGGCGAUCCACGUUACUUCGGCGACAUCCCGGACGAAGCCUCACGUCCCCUUCAUCUCCUGUUGGUUCUUCUAUAUCAACAGGAAGGCAGCCACUGAACUCUGUAUCCUUAGAUGUUACACAAAGAAAAUUCACACCCUCUUCCCCUCGUUUUGGGUCUAAUGCCGUGGGGGGAGGAGGAGGAGAAGAAGGAAGGGAGGAAGAAGGACGAGGCCAGCAACAGACACCUCCACAUGGCAACACUUUGGUCCUCGAUUCUUCUCCCUCUCAUCCCGCCGCCGCUGAGUCCUUGAGGCGUCCAGAAUCGGGUUUGGACCAGCCGACGCUCAGGAGUUCCCCGCGAGGCCGCCAAAGAGCAGGGCGGGGCAGGGUGCGUCUUGGAGGAAGCGGGGGAGGGGGAGGAGAAGGCUCAGAUGCUGCACUGUUGCCAAGUCCCGCCACACUAGACGUCAACACGCCUCGACCUACUUUCGAAGCGAGCCGGGGGAGCACCUCCGCGCGAGUCUCCUUCCGCCCCUCCCGCCUCCGCACACCCACGCUCUCCGCCCCCGCUCCAGCAUCCACGGGCGCCUCUAACACACUCCCACGGCCCAGCAGCAGACAGAGAUCUCGUAGUCGUGCGCGGAAUACAGCCACGCCACAGACACAAGCUUCUGCCCAUGAUCUCCCAGCCUCUUCCAUACAGACACAAGCUUCUGCCCAUGAUCUCCCAGCCUCUUCCAUACAGACACAAGCUUCUGCUCAUGAUCUCCCAGCCUCUUCCAUACAGACACAACCCUCGGUCCAGCCUCUCCCAGCUUCCCCACCUUCACAGACACACACACCGUCACCUACAGUACAGACACAGGUCACUAACAGACGGACAGGACGUGGGCGGAAUCUGAACACAGCCAGACAGACACAACCCAUUUCUCCUUCUGCACAGACGCUACAGACACUCAGCGAGGCACCUCAAACACAGACACGGGGCACUAAGGUAUUGACAUCCCGUAGACGGCUUCAGAACACAGCCACACAGACCCAAGUCGCAACCCCGGCUGUCUCCACCUCUCCGGCUAUACAGACAAGAGCACAGACAGCGACAUUACAGACACGUGGCCGUAACAGACUGACAUCCCGUGGGCGGCUUCAGAACACAGCCACACAAACCCAACAGACAGGCCAGGCUACCCCCGUCUCUCUACCGUCCACACAGACAGGCAGACAGGCAGCUACAAGACAAACACUUAGUAACAGACAGACAGCUCGUGAACGGACUCAGAGCACAGCCAGAGGACAGACACAGAGACAGAGACAAAGACAGCCACCCACAGAACAACCUUCCCUCCCCAUCUCUCAACUCUCCACACAGACACACACACAGACACAGCUUGAUGGUCUCCCUCUCCAUGAAGCCCCACCCGCCACACAGACACACACACAGACACCCACACAACAGACACAUCUCACUGAUCUCCCUCUCCCUGAAUCCCCACCCACACUAACAGACACCCAACCAGCCGCAGAACAGACUCAUCUUUCCCCACAGACACAACAGACGGGCCCUCCUUCCCCCUUACCCUCACCUACACAAGCCCAAAGCCCAGUUCCAAGCCCACAGAAGACCCGACUCCGCCCUCUCCCCACAAGAGUUCCCUCACGUGCCCGCCAACAGUCCCCCAGCCAAAGUCUUCCCAUUACCUCAUCCCCACAAAGCCUAAUUAAGUCCCCAAGCCCAGUAAAGCCUGUAAGCCCCACUCUUCCCAUCGGUUCUCAGAGCUUACCUCCCCUCACAGCUUCCCCCAGCCCCAAGUCUCACGUUGUCACCCUCCCCAGCUCAUCUCUACCCAUACAAAGUCCCCAACAGUCCCCAAGUGUCUAUCUCCCAGUCUCCCCGGUCACAGGACAGCCCUUCGCUCAGCCCAGUUCCUUCGGUGUUCCCCUCCCUAUCUUUUCCCAGCCCGCAGCAAGCCAGCCUUCCAGCCCUCAACAGCUGUCAGGUCUCCCCUUCUCUGCCUCGCCAAAUCCUCAUCAGUCUGUCUUCAGCCAGUACUCGGGUAGUCCGCUUCCUCCCUCCUUGCCCGCAGAAAGUUCUCUAAGUUCUUUACAUUUUCCAGGUCUUCCUUUCCUUAACUCGCCACCCAUAGGAAAUCCUCAGCAGUCUUUCGCUCACCAAUUCUCGGGUAGUGCUCUUUCUCCUGCCUCGCCCAUAGUAACCCCCACACUGUCACCCUCUAUCCCCCAGCAGUCACUAGGCAUCUCCCUCCCCAUGUUCCAAGCUACACAAAGUCCCCAGCAGUCUAUCAGUACCCAAGGAAGUGCCCAGAGUUCAGUGGGUCUCGUAAGCGAACCUCAAACCACAAGAGUUUCCAGUUCUCGGUCUCGAUCGAGGAACACACAGCACUCCAGGGUCUCUUACCAGCCAUCCCAAAGCCUUCAGACAUUAGAACCUCAGCAAGGCUCCUUCUCCAGAGUUAGAGGUCCCUCAGCCCCUCAGCCCACUGCUGCUCGCUCACGUGCUGCGCCUCGGUCACGCAUGGUACACCGCCGAGUCAUAAAAAGGAAGAAGGUUGCAGGAGAAAUAACCUUAACGCCAAAAGAAGUUAAAGCAAAGGAGGAAAUAGCACCACGUAAGGAGAUCCAACAAGUUCCACAAGUACAACAACGGCAGCCUGCAAGUGCGAUGACAUCCCAGACACAGACGGUUCGGGGGCAGCGACACCAACAAACACAGCAAAAACAAACCCCGCAGAGGCAGCAACCACAACGACAGACUCUAGCAAGACCAUCCCAGAGACAGUUAUCUAGCGGACCUCAGCAACAACAGCCACAGCGACAAAGUGCAAGGGAAUCACAGAGGCAGAUCCAGCCGGUACAAACUCAACAACCCCAGACACCCACACUAACAAGCGGAGGAAGGUUUGGCAGCUCCCUGAGAGGCAGUAGAGGGCGACAGGCUAUCCAGGCGGCGGUUCAAACAACUGGUGGCAGCGGUGGGAUCACAAGAGGAUCACCAGGACGAACAUUGACGCGGGGUCGUGUGUUUGGGCGACUAAGUGGAAUCUCCGAUGAGGACCUCACCUCGGAAACGUUCAGCGCAGAGGACCAGACCGGGGAGAAGUUCAGCAUAGAAGACCUCACCACUGAAGACUAUAGCACUGAGGACCUAACCACAGAAAGCUACAGCGCGCAGGACCUAACCACAGAAAGCUACACCACUGAGGACCUCACUGAUGAAAGUUUUAGCAAGGAAGAUCUGACCACAGAGACAUUCAGCAAGGAAGACCUGACCCAAGAAGCGUUUAGUACAGUAGAUCAAAGUCUCGAGGCGCUUAGCAGAGAAGACAUAACCACACAAACGCUAGGACACAAGGACCUGACUCUCGGAAGUGUUAGCAUGGAAGAUUUGACCUCAGAAGCAUUGACCACGGAAGAUUUGACCCUUGAGACCAUGAGCAAGGAAGAUUUUACUACAGAGACCAUGACCAAGGAGGAUUUUACUCUAGAAGCCCUGAGUAAAGAAGAUCUGACACUAGAAGACGUGGAUUUGACUUCUGAGGUUAUGAGUUCUGAAAGCCUGACUUCGGAGACACUCAGCACGGAAGACCUAAGCGCGGAAGACCUAACGGACGAGACGUUUGGGUACCAUCGGAGGUUCCAGCGACCUCAGCAACAACGGCAACAGCAAACCGUCCAGAGGCAGCCACAGCGGAGCGUGUACAGUCGGCAACCACAGCAGAAUCAACACAGCAGACGGCUCCCACAGCGACAGAGCACUAGACAGAGGACAUCCCUAAGGCAGACCUCCCUCGGCGGCGAACAGCAGCCACAAAGUCAGCCACAACAGCCGGCUCAAGAAAGCACCAGGACCAUAGGGAGACAACGGACCCCUGGCAUUCCUCUAUCACCCUCAACGACUGCGACGAGGUCCUACCAUGCCUCGCGGGGGGUUGGCGGCUCCUACUCGUCUGGACAGCGCUGGACCGGCGGGCGACAGGCACAGGCAGCCCAGACGACGAGUACCACGGGCAGAGGAACGGCGCUGUGGUCUCGAGGACGUGUGUCAACGAGGGGCAGCGCGUUCGGGCGGGAGAGACAAGACUCCCCUGAAGACAUGACAUCGGAGACCAUCAGUGCAGAGAACUUGAGUUCGGAAGACUUUACCGCGGAAACCUUGAGCGCCGAGAACCUGACGAUGGAAGACAGCACGGAGAGCCCCACGGAGUUCAGCCACAGCGUAGAAAACUUAUCGAAGGACUUGAGCACUGAGGACGAUAUGACGGCGGAGGACACCGCGGAAAGCUACAGUUUGGAGCUGAGUUUGGAAAGGUUCACAACGGAGGGAUUUAGCGCUGCGGGGCUGUGAGAUGAGGUGCCUUGAGAGCUAAGAGGAAACCCUGACCCGCGAUGACUUAAAGCAAUGAAAGACAAAAGGUGUGACAGAAGACGCUGCAGAAAAAUAAAUCUUGCGCUACAAAUGAAAGAAAAAAGACAACCACGGAAAGUAUAAGUGCUGUGGGCUGUGAUGUGGCGGGUUUUCAUCAUCAUUUUUGUGGAUGUUGGUGCGCAGCCGGGCCCGUAAUUUUGGCAUCAUAGUUUCAUAAGGUUGGUGGGGAGCACUUUGAGGCCGGUAUAGAAAACAUAAGGGGGUAUUACACUGGGCGAAUUUUCCGUGGAUCUUCAGUCAAACCACGAUUUCCGCUGGCGUAGUUCUCAUAUUUCCGUGGUUUUCUGACGUGUCCACGAUCUUCCAAAGCUACGGUAGAUUUCACCAAAGGAAGACGGUAUUACUCACCAUCAUCACCAGCAGCAAUAACAAGAAACAAAUGAGAGCCAUGCUAGCGGAAAUCGUGGUUUGACUGAUGCCCAUAACCCUACCCCCCCGAUAUCACGGCCCUGACAUCCCAUCUUCAAGAGCUGCCAUGUGUAGGGCGUCUGGUCUGACCUCCUGUAGUCUCCUAUGUGUGUUCACCACCAGGGCCUGAUCACGUGUUGGACUCGUAACCGCCAGCAGGUACCCUCCCGACAUAAACAAGUGCUCCUUAUAUCGUCGAUCUAUGGGUACUGCCAGGACCUCACACACCACACACCCCAUCCUUGUAAAGCUGUCAGUUUGGAAGUUACAGCAACCAGGAACAUAUAAUAACUCUCCUAUUCCUCUUCUUCCUCACCUCCUUCCUUAUACUCUUAAAUUCCCUCUUUUUUUUCUUGGUUUUGUACAGGAUAACAUUGACCCUUCCUACUCAAUGCUUCCUCUUAAAUUCCCUCUUAUUUUUUUCCUUGGUAUUGUACAGGAUAACAUUGACCCUUCCUACUCAAUGCUUCCUCUUCAACUCCCUCUUUUUUUUUCCUUGGUAUUGUACAGGAUAACAUUGACCCUUCCUACUCAAUGCUUCCUCUUCAACUCCCUCUUUUUUUUUCCUUGGUAUUGUACAGGAUAACAUUGACCCUUCCUACUCAAUGCUUCCUCUUAAAUUCCCUCUUUUUUUUUCCUUGGUUUUGUACAGGAUAACAUUGACCCUUCCUACUCAAUGCUUCCUCUUAAAUUCCCUCUUUUUUUUUCCAUGGUUUUGUACAGGAUAACAUUGACCCUUCCUACUCAAUGCUUCCUCUUAAAUUCCCUCUUAUUUUUUUCCUUGGUUUUGUACAAGAUAACAUUGACCCUUCCUACUCAAUGCACUCGGGUUAAUAUUGCCUCUCUAUCCACCACCGGCUUAGAAGGUCAACGGUUCGGAGAUGAGCACCGCCUCCACGAGCACCUUCUAUCUCCUCACAGCCCACAUAUGUUGCAGACCCUCCCUUUGUUACGCCUCUGAAGCUGUCUAUGUUGCUACGUCUGACCCUCCCCCCCCCCACCUCUCGCUCAACCCCAACUCAUGUACAGUAGUUUUAAAUAAAGAUACGAUUUUCA